CGGCCCGCAGAGCCCUCCCCACACUCCCCUCGCUCUCGCGAGAGCCGCGCGCUAUUUAGCCUCGGGGGCGGCCAUUGCGCGCCCUUUGCGGAGCCGAAGCGGGCGGUGAGUGGACCAGUUAAACAUGACUGAUACAGAUGAAUCCCACACUUCUGGUUCUGAUUAUCCCAGUGCCCAAGAUCUAUUAUCCACUCAGCAGAAAAAAAGACCUAAAAUACAUAAGCAUGCAACAAAUACACAGAAAAAACAUUUCUGCUCAAGGCAGAAGGAUUCCACUCCUGAGGAGUCUUCAGAUGAGAUUAGUAGUACACAUAGCUCUUCAGCUGAGGUGGACAGCAGUGAUUCAGAAAUUGAUGCUUCUGCUGCCAGUGGCAGUAAGCACCAUACGAAGUGCUCUGUCACCUCUUCAAAGCAAAAGAGGAGGUCACAACCUUCAAGGCAGCCGGUAGAAACUGAUGCAGGAGUGCCUGACAGUGAAAGUUCCAGUUCUUCUCUGCCCCCUCAGAGCCCGGUGAGGCCAUCUGAAGCCUCCAAAGAGAAGAAAUCCAAGCUCAAUUUGAAAGCCAUUUUUGCCUAUCACUUCAGAGGAAAGAAGUUUAAAGCUGCUGCCCACCGAAAAUAUAGGAGCAGUGGCUCACGGAAGACGAAGACAAACUCAGAGCGCUCCCAGAGGCGUGGUGGGAGGCAGCCCAUGACAGCCUCACCACAGGAGCGAAGGAGAAGGCUUAAGGAUCGAGGUUUUCAGUUCCCUUUUGUUGAAAAACAUUAUGGGAGGAAGCAUAUUCCCUUAAGUAUGGUUCUUAGUUACGAGCAAGCAGCUGCAAAGGGAUAUUUCCAGUACAUUGAAAUGCUGAAAUAUGAAGAGCACCUCAAAAAGGCUUUGGAAGCCCUUGAAGCUAGUGAAGACUUAGAGAGAGAAUGCCUGGCAGUGCGGAAACACAAAUAUUUAGAUGACGAAGGCCCCAUUUCUCCUAUCCAGGAGACAAAUGAUGAUGAUGAUAACUGUUUGGGCCCUGAUAAUCCAGAAGACCUUGAUGCCAGAGUGGUGGACAACAGCUGUUUCAUUAUAAGCAGCAAAAUUCCCAGCAAGAAGAAAUCAAAGGCUGAAACAAAACGAGCCAAGUCAGCUGGAGUGGUUGAAGUAGAGAAGAGUGCUGCUGAUAACUGAGCGCUGGUGUGGCUCACUUGAGUGAACAGCAAACGAGUGAAUAAGGUGGCAGCGGUUACUCUGGAGAUACGUUAUUGAGGGCCACUUGGUUUAAAAUGUUGGUCUGAAGUCAACGCUGAGCCAUCAGCCAAGCAACAUCAUCAGACUCAAGUUAGUUGCUUUUGGAUGGUGAAUAUCGAUCAACUGCUGUGAGAGCUGGUGCACAACUCUGUUACUUCAGUGCUCCUGUGGAACACAUGAGUUAAGGAGCAAGCCUACCUGACAGUGCAGACCAGAGCAAUACCUUGGUGGCGUGUGAUUGGAGAAAAUGAGAGAAGAAAUGCAGAAAGCCACUUGACAGAGAUAGGAGCUCCCUCGUAGGUUAGUAUGCCAUCCGAGCUUCUGCAAACACAUCAGUGCUUGAGGGGCUCUGGUUUUCAAUGCCUGGAACUAUUGAUCCAGGUGAAGCUUAGUGCUUCUUGGAGCAUUGUAUGGACAUAGCUCAAUGCCAUGUCAGCAAAAAUCUGCUUGAUUUUUUUUUUCAUUGCAUUAAUGUACGGUAACAGAAAUGUUGAGGUCUAUCCCGAUAGGAUCUCUUCUGUAGGUUCAUGUCGUUGGAAACGCCUCACAGAACAAACUUGUGGUUUAGUUUUACCCUUUGGGCUACCUGUUAGCUCUGUGGGAUAAAACUACAAGACAAAUCUUAAUGUGCCAUUUCAGAGAUGGAAGUAAUGUGUCAUGUUCUCCCUCAGGUACUGGCUCAUGCAUUUGAUAGAAAUGAAAAAAAGAUUCAAAUGGAAAAGCUUGGUAAGAAUAAAAAAGAGUGUGUUCUGAGAUUGAAAAUAUAACUAACAUGUGUAAUUGUGUGGGUUGAACUUGCUCUUCAGCCAGAUGUUUGUGAAGGUACCAGACUUAUCUCUUUUUUUUUUUUUCUGGUUGCCUUGAAACAGACUCCUCUCUUCUGAAGUGAUUAUUUACUGUUCCUUGUGGUGGCUAUAGGUUAAGAAAACAAGUCCAGCCCUAUGAUGUCUGUCCAAUCUUCCAUUACUUAAUGAACAUGCUGGAUUUUUGUUCUGCUAUGUAAUUCAGCAGUGUUGCUUUUCUGUUGUUGAGCUUCAAAGAUUUAAAGUCUUUGAGUUCAUUUCCAAGGGUCUCAGCCAGUUUACUACUACAGUGUUAAACUCCUGGGUUCUGUGGAGCAUGGUGCUAUUCUAUAGAACAGAGCUUAAAGUAGAACACGAGCAAUACUCUGGAAAAAGUGUAAGCCCCUUGUGCUGGGAGUGUAAAAAAUACUUGAAAGAAUUCUGAGGCUGCUGAAAUUUCGUUGAUUUCUUUUCCCUCUGAGUUGCAUGGCGACUUCCGUGCAAUUGGUAAUUCAUUUCAGCUUAUCACUAACGGGUGCAUGGAGAGCUGGAACCUUACCAUGUGGUUGUCCAUGGAGGAUUGCUGUGUCUGUUGCACUGGAUGGUAUCUGCACCCAGCAGCGUUCUUCUGAUGGGGUGUUCAAAAACCAGUGCUACAGUAAUUUAGCAUUUGGCAUCGUUGGUUUUCACUCUGCUGUGGUUGUUAAACCUGGUAUUCUUGCUGAUACAGUCUUUGCCUUCUUCAAGGAUUUGAGUGCACUCCUUGUAUGUCGGGUAGAAAUUCUCAAUGUAGAGCUGCCCGCUGGUUGUCCCUUGUGUUCAGCUUGUUUCUGUAAACAGGUGCUUCGGGAGACAGAACAGCCAGCUGGCUGCGUGAAAUGGAUGAGCUGUGGAAGAGGAACAACCUGUGGGACAGUGUCUGCUGCUGUCACUGAAUGUCAGGGGGGUGAGAAGUUGCACCUGAGUGCUGCCAGAGCAAGUCUGUAGGUAAGAUGCUUAGCAAAAGUGCUGGUACCUGGAAGAAAUGACAAGGUCACUUCAAAGAGGGUUUGCAUGGCUGGAAAACCAGCAGCUCUUAACGCAGUGACCGUACAUUGAACUCCUUUUAGCAGGAUGCUGUAGCCACUUUGUGUGUGCUGUGGUCUAUUUCAGAGGAGACAAACCUUAAGUUACAUAGCUGCUUAGAACCAAAAACCACAGGUAGCUGCUGCCCUGUCACGUUUUUGAGGUGCUGAUGCAGUCAGAAUGCUACUUGGCUUCAUCUGCAACUGGCUGACUUCCCUCAGCGUGUGAGGCUGGAAGAGAACAUUGAUACAGUUGUGGCAUGAUGAGCCAUGCUGUAUCUUUAAUGCUUUUCCCUUCUGCUUGAGGGUAUGGUAUGUUCUCCAAACUGCAUGGAAAUACCUAAUCCCAAAAAGGUGAGGAAGUGGAUGGUAGUGUUGAACUGGAAUAUUUUGGACAGAGUGCUUAUAGGAAACUAAUCAGAGCUGGCAUGCAAAAUGAUACUUUCUGCCCCAUAUACAGUUCAGUAAGGGAUGUGUGUACAUGUGCCUGCAUUACUAUUACAUAGGCACCAUGUUAUGAAGUUAGCUUGCUUCAACCUAGAGGAAGUUGGUAAUUCAAAAUCUCUUCUCUUGAAUUAUGGUGCUAAUUGUUUUUUCUUCUCUUAGGUCCUGAUGGGAUGUUGCUGUAAGUCUCUUGCAGGAAAGAAAAGGACAGCUCUUAAAUGCUCUUAAACACUUUCUCUAUUUCUUGUAAUAAUUGAAAAUUUUAAGUAUUUUAACUUCAUUGCCCUGUAAUUUGAAUUAGUUGAUAACCCUUUCCUAGUACAACCACACCUCGAUACACUAUGUUCAAACUGUGUUCAAGUGCUGGAGAAAGGGCUGUUUACUUUGUACAGGAUGUAACAACAUUUAAAUAAAACUGAGGCCUGCCUGAAAGAACCAGCUGCAACCAGGGAGUUAUUUCCUACUGCUGUACUGUAAGUCAGCACAGGUGUAAAGCAGGGCUGCUAACUACCUGUGCCUUGUUCUAGCCAAGUGGUGGUUUGUGACAUGUGACAAGAAAGGAACAAUACUCAGAUCCGAGUGGGAGCAGCCUCUAGAAAAACACUACAGUGAAGGUGAGAGAGGAGAGACUACGCAUGGAACCUAGCCCUCCAUUGCAGUGUGCUGCUGCUUCCUCUUCCCUGAAGCUGUUUGACCUGUGCUGUUUAUUUAAGGAGACUUACAUCAGUUUGAGUCUCUUCAGCAAUUGCAGUGUCUAACUACAGUGUGGACUGAAAUGUUAAUUUUCCUUUACAGAGAAGCUUGCUAGCUGCUACCUAGAAGACUGCUGUAUUUCAAAUUGGGGCAGACCUGUGGGAAAUGUGAAAUCCAGGUGUUUGACCUACUGCUCCAACAACCAGCUCUGUGUUAGCAGGGUAGCUUAGAACUUGUGCUGUUCUGCCCUUAGCCUCAUUCAGAGCUAAAUAAACUUGGGUAUGUGA